AUGCGUUUCGGAGACACCCAACUGAUAAACUUCAUAUUGUCCAGGAAACAACAAAAAUCGUUGCAAGUGGUAUUGGUAUUACAGGGUAAUGUGAAAGUAGCUAUAGAAAAUUAUUAUAAACAUACGAUCAACAAUCCUACACAUCAGUCUAAGAAUUUCAAGAUGGAUUUGAUAGAACAUUUUGAAGGAGAAUUAGCAUUUUCCAAGUUAAAGUUGGUUGUCCAUGUUAAGCAAGGGCAAGUGGUGGCCUUUAGAUCAAACCUUUUGAUUAAUGGAAAUCUUCCAGGCAUCGCUAGAGUUUAG